AUGGCCGAAGCCGCCGUACUCUUGGUCGCCUGUCUUUCCAGCUUCCUCUUCCUGACAUGUUUUCUCUUGCAGAAACGCCCUAGACAACACUUGCCGCCCGGUCCACUAGGUUCAUACCUGUAUGGUGUCAAGAAUCAGCUACCCAGCUCAGAACCCUGGAAGACAUACGCUAAAUGGAGCGAGACUUAUCGAAGUCCAAUCAUCUCCUUCCGGGUGUAUAACCGCACCAUCGUCGUGCUCAACGACCUCGAGUCCAUCCACGCGCUUCUCGAUCAACGCGCGCAGAUCUAUUCGGAACGCCCAAUGUCAUGGAUGUAUAAUGUGAUUUGCGGCCGCGGCAAGUCUGUCUUCAACAUCCCGGCAUCGAAUCCACGUCAUCGAACCUAUCGGAGAAUGCUCCAGGCCGGAUUGGGGCAAAGGGCGACGAAGGAGGCUUGGGAUAUUAUGCGAAAAGAGACGGAGGUGCUGGUCGUUGGGCUCGCAAAGCAGCCAGACAAUUGGCUGCAACACAUUAGACGACAUGCGGCGGCGGUUAUCAUGAAGGUCGCCUUUGGCUAUACGAUAUCCAGCCUCGAAGACCCUUUCAUCAAAGUGGCUGAAGAGACUUCAAAGAUCUCAGGAUGGGCGAUGGCACCCGGGAGAUGGCUGGUAGAUUACUACCCCAUCCUACAGCACGUACCAUCCUUCGUACCUGGAGCCCAGUGGAAGCGGCAGGGCCUAGCAUGGCGCGAGCGACUAACUUACCUGUCCGAAGUACCGCAUAACUGGGUCAAAGAGGAAAUGAAAAACGACACCUAUCUGGAGUCUUUCACUUCCCGUUUCCUGCAGUUCGACCUCGACGACGAAGAUGGAAGCGUCUUCUCAAAAUUCAAAUCUAACCUGGGUGGAGAAGAGGAUGAUAUCGUCAAAUGGUGCGCUGGGGGGUUAUACGCGGGAGCUGCCGACACAACGGUAUCAGCACUUACGUCCUUCGUGCUCCUUAUGGCCCUUUAUCCGGAGGUCCAACGGAAAGCGCAACAAGAAAUAGACAUCGUCCUGGGUGUCGAGGACGGAUCUAUCGGCCCUUAUGAUGUCUCUAGCCCCAUCAGCGACAUGGAAAAUCUCGGAGCACUGGAUUAUCUUCAGGCAGUGAUGAAGGAAGUGUUACGCUUCGCACCUGUCGGGAACCUCGCGCUUCCUCAUGCAACACUAUACGAUGAUGAAUACCAGGGUUGUAUUAUACCGAAAGGCGCAUCGGUAAUCCCUAAUGUUUGGGCGGUAAUGCAUGACCCAAAAAUAUAUCACGAACCGUUCGCCUUCCGUCCUGAACGCUUUACGAACGGAGAUUUGGCAGAACCUGACCCACGACAGUUCGCUUACGGUUUUGGGCGACGCUCUUGUCCUGGCUCUCACUUUGCUGAGACAAGCAUGCUUCUGGUCAUGGCAAAUAUCCUUGCUUUCUAUUCCGUCGCGCCGCAAGAAAACUCCCUGCUCGAAAAGACUCGAGAACUCGAAUUCACGACGGAAAUUACAAGCAAUAUUCGACCAUUCCCGGUUCGCAUAACUCCUCGGAGGGCCACUUCUCGUGUCCUUCCAGCUUAG